AUGGUAGCGGAGCUCCUGGUCGGCAGCCAGGGCUCCGCGGACUACGAAGAGGUAGCCUUGGAACAAGGACAGGAGCAGCCCCAGGCGUGUGAAACCAGAGCUGCUCCCGCGUUGAACCUCAGCUACCUGGAGGGACUUGCCUUGCAGGGUGGAAGCCAGCAAAACCUGGCUGCGAUCCCUGAGGCGAGGGAGUUCGUGGGUGGCGAGAGGUCACUGUGGACGCGGCUUGAGCCUAGGAACAAGGCUUCGGUAAACUACCGCCGUGCUCAGCAAGCACGGGACGCAGUUUUCAAAGGUACCCCUUUUGCUCAACGCUUUCUGGAGGACAGACCUGGAAAGCAGGCAAGGGCAAGCUUUGCGAGGGACGAGGAAGCGCCGACGCUUUCCCACGCGCCAACAACAGAGUUCGAGUCAGUUGCUCCAACUCACCCUGCCACCAGCGUGUACUACAGCUCCGACGAGGAGGUUGAAGUCCAGGUGGAAGAGGAACCUGAGUCCUCAGACACAAGCCGUGCAACAGCAACCUCGGCCGGAUCGUCCUCGUGGUACAACUCCAGGGCCGGCAGCGACAUCUGGAGGAGAGACGAGACUCGCAGGAACGAGCAGUGGGAGCGCUACCAGCCGUACCACUCCAACGGACUCCAACCACAGGUGGCAGCGUGGUGA